AAUUUGCCAUUCCUCUCUCCAACAAGUGACCUGACCUACAUCUGAGAAGUUUGACUCAUAUUGUUCUUUUGGUCGACCAGACUUCUUAUUUACUUUAAGAAGUCAUCUUGAACCUCUGAUUUCAUUUUCUGAUACAGCCGACUCUUCACUUUCCUCUCAAACCACUACUCAAAACAGAACUAUCCAUCCGCUGCUUGGCCUCUCUCUCCGGCCCACCGCUCGUCUCUCCAACGCCAAUAUGCCCAUGCUUCGGGAACCAUGGAAGAAAUACCGCAAAUUUAAACCGCUUGACCUGCCCAACCGACAGUGGCCAUCCAAAACCAACGAUACCCCUCCACGAUGGCUCGCAACCGAUCUAAGAGAUGGAAACCAGUCUUUGGUUGACCCUAUGGUACAACCCCAACAUUGUUUGUCAUAACAGGAUCUGUUUCUGACCUCAAACGUAGGACGGAGAACAAAAACUCCGCUUCUUUAAGAUGCUGGUCGAGUUGGGCUACAAGGAAAUCGAAGUCUCUUUUCCCUCGGCCUCGCAGACAGACUACGACUUUACACGAGGCUUAGUUGACACCCCUGGGGUGGUUCCGGACGAUGUAUACCUCCAAGUCCUAUCGCCGUGUCGAGAAGACUUCAUCCGUCGCACUGUUGAGUCCCUCCGAGGCGCCAAAAAGGCCAUCCUACAUCUCUACCUCGCCACGAGCGAUUGCUUCCGAAAAAUCGUCUUCGGCAUGUCUGAAGAGGAGACCCUCGAACUCGCGGUCAAGUGUACAAAAUUUGCCCGUUCAAUUACCAAAGACGACCCGAGCCAAGCGGGCACCGAGUGGUUGUAUGAGUUUAGCCCCGAGACCUUCUCCGACACAUCUCCGGAAUAUGCUGUGCGGGUUUGCGAAGCGGUCAAAGCUGCGUGGGAGCCGACCGAAGAUUCGAAGCUGAUUUUUAAUUUACCUGCGACGGUCGAGAUGGCCACUCCCAAUGUGUUUGCCGACCAAGUGGAGUACUUUUGCACACAUAUGACGGAACGGGAGAAGUUCUGUGUCUCGGUCCAUCCACACAACGAUCGGGGCUGUGCAGUUGCGGCCGCUGAGUUGGCACAAAUGGCCGGUGCAGACCGGGUGGAAGGAACCCUGUUCGGUAAUGGCGAGAGAACUGGGAAUGUGGAUUUGGUAACGUUGGCAUUGAAUCUCUACACCCAAGGUGUUUGGCCCAACAUCGACUUCAGCGACAUCAACAAGGUCAUUCGGGUUUGCGAAGAGUCGACCAAGAUUCCCGUCAACGAGAGAUGGCCAUACGGUGGCCAAUUGGUGGUUUGUGCUUUCAGCGGAUCACAUCAAGAUGCGAUCAAGAAAGGUUUUAACGUGAGAAAGACGAACAAGAUUGGGAGAGAGGAUCCUUGGCAGGUGCCAUACUUGCCCCUUGAUCCCCAAGAUAUUGGGCGGACAUAUGAAGCCAUCAUUCGGGUCAAUUCGCAAUCUGGCAAAGGUGGAGUUGCAUGGGUUAUUCAGAGAAGUCUCGAGCUGGACCUCCCUCGUGGCCUCCAAAUUGCAUUCAGCAAAAUUGUACAAAAGGAAGCCGACUCCAAAGGUCGAGAGUUGCUUCCUCGGGAGAUUCAAGCUCUGUUUGAGGAGUCUUAUCAUCUGAAGAAGAACCCCCGGUUCACCCUUGUGGACUACAACAUCACUGCGGUGCGGACGGCGUCUCCGACCCCAGCAUCGAAAACCGCGGCGGCACCUCAACCAUCGACCACGACGCAAGCUCAAAACACGUCGACCGCCAAGCGACAGUUUGCAGGUGUCAUUGCCAUUGAUGGAGUCCAACACCCUAUCGUCGGUGUAGGCAAUGGAGCCAUCUCGUCUUUGGCCAAUGCUUUGCAUUCAUUGGGAAUCGACCUUGAUGUCGCGGACUACAAAGAGCAUGCCAUUGGUGAAGGCCGAGAAGUCAAAGCUGCAACCUACAUAGAAUGUACGGCGAGCAACUCUCACGAGAAGGUCUGGGGUGUUGGUAUCCAUGAGGAUGUGGUCCAGGCAUCUUUGAUUGCGCUCUUGAGUGCGGCUAGCUCGUUCCUGACAUCACGAGUUUCAACGCCGACACCGUUCCGACCAAAACAUCUCCGUCAAUUUUCCGAGGCUGAGCUUGAGGCUUUGGAACGAUUAAAUUUGAAUGGCAGCGACAGCCCUAUCAGCCCGUUGAGGAAUGUACAUACUCCUUCCAACUUCAACAAUGAGCCGAAUAUGGGGAGCGUGGUGGCACAAAAGAUUGACAUUGAGGCAUUGGAACAAAAGGCAGCUGAGGUUGACGGCAACGUCAAUGGACAUGCGUAAUGGUCUCAACCUCAUGAUGAACCCUUUGUAGCCACGACAAGACUUGGAACAACUACGGAGUAUGUGUUGGACGAUCAAGGACAUAUGCAUCAAAAAGGCACAGGAAAACAGGAAAAUAGCAAAAUGCAUAGCUCGCUCGAGGGAAUGGGCUAAAAGUUAUGCUAUUGAAAAUACCCAUUGAGCACAUGACACAGCACAUGCUUGAGAGCGUUGAAUUGUAUAUGAACCGAAGAAUGAAAAUUGCCUUGUGUUGUGGGUUGAAAGAGUUGCUACUUGCACGUGUGUGAGUUGCUUUCACAUGUUAUUCCGAAUUUAUCGAGAUGGAGUCAGGUGAUGAACAAAUUGGGCACCGACAAAUCCCUCCAAAUCCCUCCUAAAGAUGCAAAUCCGAGGAUCAUGAAGAAGGAGCAGCUGUGCGACCUCGAUUCUUAUUUGAUCUCAUCUAGUCCGUACUCCGUAUCAUCGAACCAUCGUUGCUUCUGACGAGCUGACUAACGGACUCGACUGAUUCGACUAUCAAUUUGCUGCUUGCAUGUGCAGAAAGGGAAAACCAAGGGGAAGAUAGAAAUCACAUGA